GAGGAGAAAGACUAGUCAGUUGACAGAGACAGACAGGCAGAUAGAAAGCACAGAGCAAGAUAACCUCAGAUGUGUUUUUAGUGUUGGAUUCAAAGACUAUUAUCAUCAUCAAACCACUCUGGAACAAAAAAACGGUCAAGAGGAAAUCAACAUCUAACCAAGAAAAUAUCUACAGUAGUCUCUACAACAGAAGACUGGAAAGAGAGCUGCUAUACUUGUAAAGACAGUACAGAGACUGUUUCAUCAUUAUUAUUCACCAGCCCAGUAACUGACCAUCAUGACACAUCAGGUCAGCCGCUCUCCAUUCCUCAAGCCCUUCUACACCAGGACCCCGGUUGGUGGGGUCAUUCCGCGAACCCAGAGACGCCACACGCUCCCCGCCAGCGAGUUCAGGAACCUGACCCCACAGGACGCCAUCAGCGUGUUCGAGAUCGAGAGAGAAGCAUUCGUCUCUGUGUCUGGUGAGUGUCCACUCACUCUUGACGAGGUGCUGAACUUCCUAAGUCAGUGUCCGGAGCUCUCCUUGGGCUGGUUUGAAGAGGGCCAGCUGGUGGCGUUCAUCAUCGGCUCAGGCUGGGGCAAAGAGAGACUGGAGCAGGAGGCCAUGACCCAGCAUAUCCCAGAAACCUCGGCAGUGCACAUCCAUGUACUGUCUGUACACCGCCACGCUCGCCAGCAGGGUAAAGGUUCCAUCCUGCUGUGGCGCUACCUGCAGUACCUGCGAUGUGUGCCAGGCCUCCGGAGGGCCCUGCUGGUCUGUGAGGAGUUCCUGGUGCCCUUCUACCAUAAGGCAGGUUUCAAGGAAAAGGGGCCUUCUGCCAUCACCGUGCCCAACCUCACCUUCCAGGAGAUGGAGUACCAUAUCGGCGGAGCGGCCUACGCACGGCGGAACAGCGGCUGCUAGUCACUGCCGGCCGUCACCACCCCGCUCAUAAUCACAUCAACCCAAGCACUGGAACUCAUCCACUAUGUAAACAUAGACUCUGGUCAUCACAGUUGACCGUCCAGACCACACUACAGCAGACAGACAGAUCCACGCAUCAACCUGGUCUCAGAGCAUUUCAUAAUAUUCUGUACGUAAAUUCGAGACACUCCAUUUAGUAUGAUAGGUUACAUUUGGUGUGGUUACAUUAGACAGAUGAUUACUUAAGGAGGGUGGGCAUGUAAAACGAACAUCUAGCAAAGAUUGCGAGUUCAAAUCUCAUAAACUUAACUCUAACCCCUAACCUAGCGAGCUAGCUAACAUUAGCCAACCUAGCUAGAAUUCGCAACAUAUUACACGUUUUGUAAAAUCCUAAUAUAUUAUAUGUUUUGCAAAUUCUGAACAUAUAAUAUGAAUUGUAAUUCGUAAUAUCAUACGAAAUGGGUGAUGGACAUCUACCAAUCAACACAUACCAUACCAAACGUAACAUAUCAUACUAAAUGGAUUAUCUCAGAUUUACAUACAGAAUCAUAUGAAAUGCUCUGAGACCAGGUUGCAACCACAGGUGCUCCAUGAGAGAAGGCACUGCCCCAUCAAUCUCAGCUGCAGCACCAGCAGGCUCCGAGACACCAUCUUUCAGUGCCUCACAGACAGCAUCCCGACUCCCUGCAACAUAGAGAGGGGACAAGCACCAUCGCAUGAAGGGGACAAGAAUGGGUUUUCUCAGAAAACAGCAACAGAAAGAAAAACACAUUUUUAGUGAUAGAAGACAGAAUCAGAAUAUGUUUGAGAUGCAAUGUCGAGUUUCUGCAUACUUUGUGUAUACGUCAUUGAAUUAUUGCAGUCACAACAUUCUUCAUUGUAAUUAUGCUUCAUUUUGAGAGUAUUUAAAUUAAAUGUUCCUUGCCACAAA